UAUCCUAAAGAUGUAACUGAUGUUAUUGUAGCCCAGUGUGACGGGUUGAUGUGCGAACAUGGCGGCACGCUGAACAUAGACGAAUGUGAGUGUAUCUGCCCGAGGUAUUUUAGCGGAGACCGAUGUCAGACAGAUUCCAGAUCAACAGUCUCCGCAGGUGAGAAAAAAGUGACAACAACAAGAGCAGCACAAACAACUACCCAGACAACAACACAGGCAACAACAGAGACAACAGUACAGGCAACACCCCAGACAGCAGCACAGGCAACAACCCAGACAACAGCAAAGGCAACAACCGAUAUAAUGACUACCAUCACAGAAAGAGAGGUGACGAUUUGUCCCUAUGCCGGGGAGAAACAUGACUCAGACACGUGUUUGGGGUUCGGGACCUGGGGUCAGGAUCGUGGAGACUGCUUAUCACGUGGUGGCCCGUGGGGGUGCGAACAGUGUGCUGCAGACCCGGAGUUUGCCCGAGGCUUCUGUCCUGUUAUGUGUGGAAUCUGUGAUCCCCAGUGUGACGGGUUGAUGUGCGAACAUGGCGGGACGCUGAACAUAGACGAGUGUGAGUGUAUCUGCCCGAGGUAUUUUAGCGGAGACCGAUGUCAGACAGACACAAGAGCCACUAUUUCGUCAGGUAUUCCAGAAGUGACCACUAUAACAACAGCCCAGACAACAACCCAGGCAAGGGCUACAACCAUCGCGAGAGAGGUGACGAUUUGCCCCUAUUCCGGGGAGAAACUUGACACAGACACGUGUUUGGGGUUCGGGACCUGGGGUCAGGAUCGUGGAGACUGCUUAUCACGUGGUGGCCCGUGGGGGUGCGAACAGUGUGCUGCAGACCCGGAGUUUGCCCGGGGCUUCUGUCCUGUUAUGUGUGGAAUCUGUGAUCCCCAGUGUGACGGGUUGAUGUGCGAACAUGGCGGCACGCUGAACAUAGACGAGUGUGAGUGUAUCUGCCCGAGGUAUUUUAGCGGAGAUCGAUGUCAGACAGCAAACUGCCCUAGCCGCGACCCCUGGUACUGUGGGGUCCACCCACCCCCAGAGUACUGUGACGUGCACCCGUUCAGCCUGACCACCCGACAGCAGUGUCCCCACAUGUGCGGAAUUUGCUGACACUUCUGCAGACCAUGCAGGACCAGCCCUUUCGGUUAACUCAGGAAUUUUCUA